GCGAAGAGUGCCAGAGAACAAUAUGAAAAAUUAUCUAACAUGCACAACAACAUGAUUAAGUUAUAUGACAGUUUGGGAGAUUACUUCUGUUUCGAUUCCAAGGCUGUGUGCAUUGAGGACUUUUUCGUAGAUCUGAGCACAUUCAGAACACUGUUCUUGGAGGCACUGAGGGAAAACAACAAGAGAAGAGAGAUGGAGGAGAAGAUUAAGAGAGCCAAACUGGCUAAAGAAAAAGCAGAACGCGAGAGGCUGGAGCGGCAGCAGAAGAAGAAACAAUUGAUUGACAUGAAUAAAG